AUGAGUACUCAGAUGAGAAGAAGACGAGCUACGCCUGAGGAGCUUGCUCAGGGCGAAGCAGAGAUGAGAAGUGCGCAGGAAAGAAUGGCAACUGAGGCCUUAGAAAGAGGUGAGGUUCCCAUAGAAGAUGUCAAGGAGAAACAAGGGGAAGAGGCAAAGGUUUCUAAGUCUCGUCAGACUCCAAAGGGAAGUGAAGAUAGAGAUAGGAAAUCUAGUCAGCCCUCACCGGCAGUGAUGCCUGCUGGUUCACCGAAGUCCUUGUGUCGUCCUAGCCAACCACCUGUCAACCCUCCUGAGGAGUUUGUGCAGGCUGAGAUGAAAACCCCGGUUCCUAAGGAAACUCAGGUGCCACGAGCUUUGCAAGAUGAUGGUUCUGGACAUCACCCUCGAGGUUCCUUGGAAGAUCCAAUCAGGGAAGAUGUGGUGUCUGAAGUUUUGAGAUCAGCUAGCCCAAAUGGACCAAACGUCACACCCGGUCCAACACCACCUGUCAGUGUGCAAACCCCAUUGUUCACCGAUGAGCAAGUUGCCCAGUUGUUGAGACUGCACAACCAAGCUCCUUGGCUCUAUGGUGGCAUGACCAUGGGAAUCACACCACAGGUGACACGUCCUGCAUUUCUGCCGACAGAAGAAGAUGUAGGAUCACAGUUUGUGAGAAGUAGGCAGUUUCAAGAACGAAUGGAAGCUGAAGAAAUCAGAAGGAAUAUGGAGAUGGUUUUAGAAGAGAACAGGCUGUUGAAAGGUAGGCUAGCUCAGUUGGAAUCGAAAGUUUUGGAUGAGCCACGUUUUUCAACCCCUGAAAGUCAGAAGGGUGUCGAUGAAGUGCAGCCACCAAGAAAGGAGGCUGCAGACCCCCAUUUGUCAGGUCAACCACAGAAAGGUUUCAAGGAGGCUGAGACCCCCACGAAAGCGCAGGAGGACGGGCCCAGAGGCCAGAAAGGCUUCAAGGAGGAGGAUGGGCCCAGAGGCCAGCAAGGGUUCAAGGAGGCUGAGACCACCACAGAAGCUGAGGACGGGCCCAGAGGCCAACAAGAAAAAGCGUAUGGAACCGAUCCCAUAGCCCAAAAGAACAUGGAGUUCAUGGUGUUGAUGGUUGAAACUAUGAGGGAGCUUCAAAAGAAGGUACAGGAGGGAAGGGAAGACGCUGGAACGGUGAAAGGCGUUGAAGUCAUUCGUCAUGGAGGCCCAGAUCUCCCACUACUUCCUGCCUGGAAUCCUUCGCAGGGACCGUUGCAGCUGGGGGACUGGCUGUUGCUGUUGCGACCAGUGGUGUCUGAUCUCACCACAACAAGUGAGGAGUGGUGGCAACUUAUGACCAAGUCAACAGAAGAAUGGUAUGAACAGCACAUGGCUAUGAACCCCAUUCAACGACUUCAACAUGCUGCAACGCCUCCGUCAUCUUUGCAGCAAGAACGAUGGCAGAGACUUGAACGGAGGAUGUCGUCCAUGCUGUUGCAAAGUGUCACAGACAAUGUUAGAGAAGAGCUGAUUGCAUCGAGGAGGCUGGACGUUUUUGGAGUCCUAACCCAUCUCUACCUCGUCUACUGCCCUGGAGGAGUCAUGGAGAAACAAACUCUGCUGAAAAGUCUUGAGGAGCAGAGGCGAGUUUUGGAUGCUCACAAAGAUCUUCAAUUUAGAGUGUCCCUUGCAAGAUCGACCUUGGGGGUAGACACAACCCCUACAGAGACCAAUGUUGGCCAAUUAGCCACGCACUUGUUGGCGGAGUUCGAACAAGCAUCGCUGACAGAGAAGAAGGCAGGAACAGGCAACAACAGAAGCGAAGCAGUGAAGCUGAAGAGUCUGGAGGCUGAGAAAGGCGAGAAAGGCAAAGGGAAAGGAAAAGACAGGUCAGAGAGGUCACACGAGGAGGAGUCAGGAAAGGCCAAAUGUCGUUUCUUUCUCACAGAUCAAGGGUGUAGGAAAGGGCGAGAGUGCUCCUUCUCCCAUGAACUCAAAGAUGAGAAGAAGCGGUGCUACGUCUGCGGCAGUCCAGAGCACUUUGCACCGUCAUGCUCAAUACCUAAGACCCCUGCAAAUGGAAGUGAAGGAAGCCCCCCGAAGCCGCGACAGAUGAAGGUUGAAGUGGAGGGAAAGAGCAGUGCCAAGGAUUCGGACUCGUCCUCAGUCUCCAGUCAGGAGUCAGCCAUGAAAGACCUGAUCGAUGAGGCCAACAAAGUUCUGAAGCCCUUGAAUCCAACAUCGAGCACUACGACUUCCAUGCCGGUGAGCGCACCGACAACAAAAGAAGCUGACGUCAGAAGCGAGGUGAUGGAUCGUCUUCAGCAACAACUUGAAGCUAUGAGAUUGAAGCCAUUGCGACUUCAGAGCAUGUCGUCAAACUCGGUCUUGGGUCUGAUCGACUCAGGAGCUACACAUCCACUGAGGCCUCUGAGAGACAGCGAAAAUGAUGAGAACUAUGCCAUGGUUGAAGUUGCACUGGCUGAUGGUGCAACUACAAGACUGAAGAUGAGCCCAGGGGGAGCUAUGAUUUCUCCCAACAGUCGAGUGCCUAUGGGACUUCUGGCAGAAGUCCUCAACUGCACCAUUGACUGGAAGGGAGGAAGCCUUCAAGUCCACCACCCUCAACGAGGAGCACUGCCUGUUGUGAGCUCGGAGCGAUGCCCUCAAAUUCCGAGACAGUUGGCGCUGGAGCUCAUCAGAGAAAUGGAGGAUGUCAAAAUGGGUAUCCCUCAACAAGUUCAAGGUUUUGAGGCUGAGGUGACAUGGAUGAAGUCAUUGAUCGAAAGCCAUCCUGUUUUGGCUUCUCUUCCAGGCUGGGUGAAAGAGCGACUUGUAGUAUCGCCAGGAGAAUGGGCAGAUCUUCCGGUGAAUAGAAGAUUGAGGAAGAUGAUGAGGCGAGAAGGAUUUGCAGUUCACAUGUUUGCAGGUGAGUCGACAGGAUUCACACUGGCGAGGGCUCUACAACAACUUGGAGCAAAGGAAGGUUGGUUGCUUGAGCUUGACAUUCAGAGAGGAGAAGGACAUGACCUGCUCCGAGACAAGGGAGCAUACUCAGGGCUGCUUAGAUGUGCCCUUGAAGGGAAGAUCAAAGCGAUUGUGGGAGGACCGAACUGCCGCUCAAGAAGUGUUCUCCGACAUCGGCCGAUAGAAGGACGUCCUGAUGCACCAAGACCUAUCAGAGAGUGGGGAGGAGGUGAAUAUGGGAAGUCUGAUCUAACUCAGGCCGAAGCCAAGAUCCUUUUGGAAGAUGACGUCUUGCUUUGGAGGAUGGUGUUCUUGCACAUGGUCUCUCACUAUGUGGCCAAAGCUCGAGGCAUUGACCAGGAAGUGCAGUUCAGCCUGGAGCAGCCUGCGUCCCCAAAGGCAUACAACAAGGAGGUUGUCAGCUUUUGGGACACCAAAGAAUGGGAAGCCUUGAAGCGAGAAUUUGGCUUCACCGAAGAAACUUUUGAGCAGGGACGUCUUGGAGGACUUUCCACCAAACCAACGACCUUUGGAGGGACGUUGAACCUGGAUGUGGAAGGUCAUCAAAUGAAGAAAGGAAGAAGUUCUGGAAAGGUAUCUGACUCAAAGCAGCUUGCGAGGAAGAUUCCAUAUCCUCUUGGUGCCACUUUGUCAGUUGACGUUGCAGGGCCCUUGAAGAAGGCGUACGACAGAGGUGGAGGUCAAGCACGAUACAUGCUUGUAGGAGCCAUGACAUGGCGAUUUCCCAAAGGAUUGGUGAAGAUGAAGCAGCCCCCAGAUGAGGAGUUGGAAGAAGACGCCCCAGAAAUCGAGGUUCGAGCUGCUGAAGAACUUGAAGAUGCUGGUGAGGCCCUGGGUGGAGGAGACCCGGGUGAGCCCCCAGCUGGCCAAGCUGGUGACGCAGAGUCGGGUGGAGGAGACCUGGUUCGGCGCCCAGCCGGCCCUGACGGCGACGCAGAGUCGGGUAGAGGAGACCUGGUUCGGCGCCCGUCAGGAGCCCCGGGCCAUGAAGAAAAGGAAGAAGAGCAGCCGGGCCCAGCGAUCGAAGGCCCAGACAUUGAAGAAACCGAAUUGAGGGUGUUUCGUCUGGGCUUGCCAAUGGUGACAAAGACGUCACGUGAAGUGGCCAAAACUACGAUGGAGUUCGUCUUGAAGUUGAAGGCAGAUGGAUUUCAUGUGAACAGAAUCCAUACCGACCAAGGGCAUGAAUUCGGAACACACUUCCGAAACUGGGCCAGAGACAGAGGUAUCAUCGUCACUCGAACCCCUGGAGACGACCCUCGAGGAAAUGGAAGGGCCGAAUCAUCUGUCAAGGCCGUGAAAUGCCAGGUUCCUGCAAGAAGUGAGAGUGAGGAAAAGAUCACGGACGAAACCAAGCACGGAGGCCUGGGGGUCGGCGUGGAAAAGGUUUUGUACUUGGCUCCAGCACCAGAAGAACAUGGUCACUGGGUCGUGAAAAAAGGAGAUCCACCCAGGCUGACGAAAAGCAUUUUGAGGAUGACAACAGAGCCGGAGGAUGAGAAUCAGUGGCUGGCUUUGGGGGGAGAUUUGAUGGAUGCCUGGACGGUUCGGAGAAGGUUGCGAGACAAGUCCACGGUCAAGAAGUUGGAAGGGUUUGAGGAUCCAGAAGAAGAUAGGAAAGAUGAAGUUUUGAAGAGAAACAGUCGGAUCGUCGAGCUCAUCGAGGAAGAAAUGAAGAAGAUGGUCGACGAUGAUCCAGAAAGCGUCGUGGACGAGAUGGUUUUGAUUGGAGCAUUGAGAAAGAUGAUUGAAGUGCCUGAAGACCAUGAAGAGGUACUUCAGACAAGGAUCAUCUCUCCACGAGAAGUGUCGAGCCAAUGGCACAACUGGCUACCAGCCAUCAAUGCAGAAGUGCAUUCGCUGGUGGAAGAGAAAGGAGCACUGAAGAUUUUGAGUCAAGAGGAGGUUGAGGAGUUGAAGAGGGAGGCAAAAGAGAAGGGGCAGAAGAUCGAGUGUAUCCCAUCCAAAAUGGUGUAUACUUUGAAGCCAGGCAUGGAUGGUGGCCGAAAGAAAGCGCGGCUGGUUGCAUGUGGAAAUUUUGAAGAAAAGAAAAAGGAUGAAUCCACAUACUCCAGCGGUGCAGAUGCCGCCGCAUUUCGCAUCAUGAUAUGGAUCUCAGCUCGAGAGUCCUGGCAAGCCUGCACCCUUGAUGUAAAGACGGCAUUCUUGAAUGCCGACAUGAGCGUUCAAGAAGAUGAUGGCCUCAUUCUCAUCAAACCUCCACCGAUUUUUCAGGAGAAGAACUAUGUCCCGAAGGGCGUGAUGUAUCAACCACUCAAGGCUGUCUAUGGGUUCAGGCGAAGUCCAAGGCUGUGGAGUCUCCUGAGAGAUCAAACCAUGAGGGAAGAAGAGGAGCCCACUAUGACCAAUGGCAUGAUGCGAGGACUAGUGAUGUCCUAUGUUGAUGAUCUGUUCGUCACUGGUCCGAGCUAUGUGGUCGAAGCAGUCAAAGCCAAGUUUGAAGAAACCUGGGCUACUUCCAAGCCCGAAUACGUGGGUGAACAUCCAGUCCGGUUCUUGGGGAUGGAAGUGAAGAAGGAAAGAAAGACAGAGGACGAAAGGGAGGUGUGGUAUGUCACUCAGGAAUCCUACAUCUCUGACCUCCUCUCCAAAGAACAUGGACUCAAAGAACGAAAAAUCCCAAUUUCCCGGGAUCAAUCCUUGAUGGAAACCACUGCUGAUCCGCCAACAGCAGAACAGAUUAAGCACUGUCAGAAAGAAGUUGGAGAAGCAUUGUGGCUAGUCACGCGAACCAGGCCAGAUCUAAUGUUUGCAGUUAGCCGUAUGGGCUCCAACAUCACCAAAUCAGCUGACGCAGUUUUGGAGGUGUCGAGACAGCUGAAAGGCUAUCUGCUGAAAACAAAGGAAGAAGGGUUGAAGUAUGAUGAAAGCCCUGGAAAGCCCAUUGCCGUCAAUGCGUUUUCUGACGCAUCCUUCGCCCCAGUUGGGGAGGAAUCACAUGGAGCGUUUGUCAUCAAGUUCAAUGACGCUCCGAUUUUUUGGAGGUCAGGGCGACAGAGUGAGAUCACCCUUUCAACUGCUGAAUCGGAAUUGGCCGAGAUCGUGGAGGCCAUGGGAGCGGCUGAGUCAAUCUCAGUGAUCAUUGAAGAGAUCUAUGAAGAAGUUGAGAAGAUCGCUUGGAGCGACAGCCAAGCGGCGGUCGCUAUCAUGACGUCGGAGGGAGGCUCCUGGCGUACAAGGCAUCUCAGAAUGAAAGCAGCGUAUGCACGUCAAGCCAUCUCACAGGGCUUGUGGUGCUUGAAUCACAUGGCAGGUCUGACUUUGGUGGCGGAUGUUGGGACGAAGGCAGUCAGUGCCAACCGACUUGAAGCUUUGAAAGAAUUGAUGGGGAUGGGCAGAAGCUCAAAAUCCUCGGGCCGAGCUGGCGACGCAGAGUCGGGUGGAGGAGACCUGGUUCGGCGCCCAGCUAGGCGAGACGGCGACGCAGAGUCGGGUGGAGGGGACCUGGUUCGGCGCCCGUCUAACGCCCAUGGUCCAGAGGAAGAAGAAUCAGAAAAGAAAAGAGAAAAGGCGGUCAACGCCAUCAGAUUGGUCAUCUUCAUGGCCACGCUGACAGGAGCCAAAGGUCAGGAAGAAGAUGAAGACGAAGAGGAGGGUCAACGAGAAUUUCAAAUCAUGAUGGCCGCUUUUACGAUCAUGGUCGUCGUGGUCACUCUUCUUUUUCAGAGAGCAUGGAAGGUAGGAGUAGGAAUGUGCUAUCAGGAGCCCAAAGAAGUUUCUGAGAAGCCAGGACGAAGUCUCCCCAUGCGCGAAGUUCAAGAAGAGAUUCAAGAAAAUACACAACCAGAAGCUGGAGGCGCUGGCGGUGAGUUGGGGUCGGGGAGUUCAGCUGAACACCUGGUCCGCCUCCCGCCAGGGGGCCGGGAGGAGCACCAACCGCUCUCCCAACCUGAAGGCGAAACAUCCAGUUCAUCAGACUGGUCUUCAGGUGGUCCCAGCCCAGCUGAGGGAACUUUGGAGCGAAGAAUCGAGGAGGAGUUGCUGAAGAUUGCAGAAGAAGAAGCUGAGCUUUGGCAUCAGAUACGCCAAGUUCCGCUACCACCAGUGUUGAUAGAGAAAGUAGAAGAAAGAGAAGAAGAGGGACUGAGGUUUCCAAUUUUCAGGACGAAGUUUGGAGUGGUCUAUCAUAGCACUCUGACCUGUAAACAUCUUCAAGGAGUCCGAGUGUCAUUGCCCCGAGAGUUCAAGUGGUGCCAAGAUUGCCGACGCGUGGCGCUUCAAACUAGAGGGCGACCGCCUCCUGGAACUCCAGUCAUCUUGUCAGUUGAAGGAAAUGCAGCACAUACUGGUAAGAGAUGCCCAUGGGUCCGAGAUGCCAAAUCGACCCCCUUUUGCCUCACAUGUCAAGAAAGAGAAAGGGUAGGUUGA